AUGGAAGUUAACGAGCAAAAACGUUUUGAAACCAGUGCAUCGUACUUAAAAAGACCUGGCCGAUUAAUCAUUACAAAUAAACGACUUUACUGGUCUCCUAAUGGAGACAAACAGGCUACAGUCAACAUUCCUCACGCAGUUUCAAGUAAAUUAUUUAUUGGUAAGGAGAAGGUGGCUCAAGAACCAAAAUUUAAGAUAUCUACUGGGGGGGCUGAUUACACAUUUUCUUUAAGUGGAUGGGAUCUUAUUCAAAAGAUACAGGCUGAGUUAACUAGUGCUAUGAACAAGGGGAGAUCUGCAGCACCUUCCCCGGCUGCUCCUAGAUCUGCUGCCGCUUCUCCAGCGCAUCAACGUUCUUCUGCACCAUCUCCUGCUUCAGGUUCUUCUUCUCCAGCACUUCGAAAUGGUUCUCAACAGGGUACUAGUAAAUCUGGUCCCUCAUUGCGAAAACCUGACCUUGGCAAUAAACAUUAUUUACGUAUGCAAUUACUUUUACGAGAUAAAAACCUUUCAGAACAACAUAGAACACUUGUCUUAAAAGAAAAAUGUGUCACUGAAGAUGAAUUUUGGGAACUUCGCCAAGAUCUGCUAAGAGAUCAGUUUAUACAAUCGAACCAAAAAAAGGGGAGGUCUUCUGUUAUUCCUAAUAUCCGACCAGUUACUGAAGAAGGUGGUGAAACAAAAAUAAAUAUUACUCCUCAAUUAGUUCAGGAGAUUUUUGAUGAAUACCCUCGCGUUAGAAUAGCAUAUGAACAAAAUGUAGGCGAGAAUAAGCCACUUGGUCAUAAGGAAUUUUGGAAACGAUAUGUUCAAUCAAAGUUUAAUGAUAGAAACAGAAGCAAUGGAUCGAGUGUGGUUAGCGAUGAUUUAUUCGAGAGAUGCUGGCAGGAAACUGAGGAAGAUCUAAACCAAGAGAGAGAACACAGAGAGCAUGGACGUAAGCGAAUAAAAAUCAGCAAUCUUCGAGAUCUAAGUGCGACCAAAGAAGAUCACAUAGAGGUUGAAUUGGUAAAAGACAUAACAAUGCGCUCAGGGCAAGGAAAAAUUCUUUCUUUAAUUCGUCGAAGUAAUCGUCAUGGUGAAAGAAUUUUAGAAACAUCGAGUUCAAAAACUCGGAAAUCUAAGGAAAAAGCAAAACAAAAUAAUCAGGGACAUCAAAAAGAGGAUUAUACGCAAUACAUCACCAUGGAGGACCUCAAUCAAGAACAACAAGAAAAUGCAAUUCGUUUAGAAAUUCAUGAUCAACGAGAGUAUUUUGCUAGUCAAAAGUUAGAGAAGGGCCAUGACAUAGAAAUGACAGAUUCGCAAAACUCUCCGAUCGUUGUAUUAAAUGAAUUUAAAGUUGAUUUCGUUGAUUGGAAACCUAAUCUGACAGUAUCAUUAAUUAGUGAUAAAUAUGCUAGAAAAGCAACAAAAAAAUGUAAUGAAUUAAUCAAGAUAAAACAAAAUUACGCAAAAGAAGCAUUACCAAAUUUAGAAAAUUUCCCUUCACCAAUUGAGAAAGAAGUUCAUCUCAUUCACUUGACGGGAAAUGAGUAUCUGCGACAUUUUUGGACAUCGUUAAACUCCAAAGAUAAAGCCGAGAAGAAUAAAAAGAUGGUUGAUAAACUUCGUGAUACUUUGACUCGAAUCAAUAAAAUCAAAAAUAUGAGCCAGGACGGUGAUGAGAUACUGGAUGCCUCGCAAACGUCUCAAAACACAGAUAUACAAAUUAGCGAAUUCGAAUGGUCCAAAGCUAUAAAGUUGGCAGAACAAAUGAUUAAACCUCUGCGCGAUGCCAUUGAGGUAGCUCUCGCCCGGGCACCCUCACGUAAAGAAAAUCCUGUGGCUGCAGACCACUUCCGAUCAAGCACCGGAGGCCGGUCUUCCGCUUAA